GGGCCUGCGCUUUCAUCAAUCUCGUGGACACUCUUAGCAAUCUCAAUUAUAGUUGUUGCGUUGCGAUUCUACGUGCGCUCAUGCAUCGUGCGGCGGGUUUGGUGGGACGAUUGGACCGUUCUAGCUGCACUUAGCCUCGGAAUUGUCAACACAUCCACGGUCCAAGUCGCUAUCAAUCACGGCCUUGGACGGCACGCCAGCGCCAUUGAGGAUCCACUCCAGAUCAUGACUGCGAUUAAGUGGGACUACAUCUCGCAGCCAACUUGCAUCAUGGUACCGGCCUUUGGUCGAAUUUCACUCGCGUUGCUGUUAUUGAAUUUCGCGGGCAAUACACGGUUCCGACGCUGGCUUCUUUGGUUUCUCAUCGUUGGGCAAUUUAUCAUCAACAGUCUGACGUUCAUCUUUAUCCUAGUUCAAUGUAAACCUAUCGAGCUUCUGUGGGACAAGCGUGUCGAGGGCUCUUGCUGGGAUCUUAGGUUCCAGGAAGACUUCGGAUACUUUCAGGGCUCCUUCAACUCGGCAACCGACUUCAUUCUCGCGAUUUGCCCAGCCUUUGUUAUCUGGAACCUGAACAUGAAACUUUCGGAAAAGAUAAGUUUAAUUUGCCUUAUGGGACUGGGGAUAUUUGCAAUGGCGGCGUCAAUUGUGAAGACUAUUCUCUUAAAGGCCGUAGGAAGCAGUAAUGAUUACACUUAUACUACUGCCAUUGUGAUUCUAUGGAACACAAUCGAGCAAUAUCUUACCAUCAUCGGAGCUUCAGUAGCCACCCUCAAGCCCUUGAUUCGGAGA